AUGCAUAAUUCGAUUCGUCUCCUCCUAACCCUAAUCUCGAUUUCCCAAUUCUCAACCCUCCCCUCGCCAUCCCUCGCCGUCCGGCGCUCCCUCCUCCAAAACGUCUCCGUCUGCCCCCUGUCCUUCGACUCCCUCCGCCGUCUGCCCCGACCCGAUCUCGACAACGCCGGCUCCCGCUGCCACUACAUCAUCCAGGGCCUCCGCCUCGUCCUCUCCGAGCACCUCCGCCGCACCGGCUCUUUCCUCCCCCCGCCGGACUCCGCGGAGCCGUGCUGGGACGCGUACGAGUCCGUCGUCAACAGCUACCUCCCUAAUUUCGACAUCCGCCGCCGCUGCGGGUUCCGAACAGACUGGAUCUCCCGCGGAUGCAUGAACCUCACCACCCGAUCCGACUUCGAGGCCGCCGUUCCGCCGCCGGCGCUGAGCGGCGUCGCCGCCGCCUGCAACCAGUCCCUCCUCGACGGCUCCCCCUGCGCCUCCUGCACCACCGCGCUCUCAAACCUCCACGCCUCAUACCUCCCCGGCCCAUCCUCCGGCAACCUCUCCGACUGCACUUCUUACCCUUUCAUCUACGCCGCCGCCUUCAGCAACCGUUUCGGGCCGUCCGAUCCAGGUACGGCCGCCUGCUUGUUAAAUCUCGAUUUCGAACCUACAAAUCCCGAUCAUCACCAGAGAAAACAAAUUAUCAUCAUCAUCAUCCUUGUGGUUUUCUCUGCCGUGGCUUUAAUUCUCAUAUUUUCCAGUCUCUUCCUUUUCCGGCGCCGGAAAAGGAACGCCGGAAAGCCAAACCCCACAAAUAUCGAUCCUAACUCAACAACCUCCCGACUCUACUCGCUCAACGCAAGCACGAACCUAAUCCAAUUCACGUUCGAAGAAAUCAAAACGACCACUCGGAAUUUCUCAAGGCACAACAUAAUCGGUACAGGAGGAUACGGUAACGUAUUCAAAGGCACUCUCCCGAAUAAUGGCUCGGAAGUGGCUCUAAAAAGGUUCAAGAACUGCUCGGCUUCAGGGGACUCUAUCUUCACACACGAACUCGAAAUCAUAGCAAGUGUUCGUCACGUAAAUCUAAUCGAGUUAAGAGGCUACUGCACGGCAACAACUCCUCUCGAAGGCCACCAGAGGAUAAUCGUGUGCGACCUCAUGAAAAACGGUAGCUUGCACGACCAUUUAUUCGGUUCGGUGAAGAAAAGGCUCGAUUGGCCCGUACGCCAAAAGAUAGCGAUUGGUAUGGCUCGAGGAUUAGCUUACUUGCAUUACGCUGUUCAGCCCGCUAUCAUUCACCGAGACAUAAAGGCCAGCAAUAUACUCCUGGACGAGAAUUUCGAGCCCAAAUUAGCCGAUUUUGGGCUGGCUAAGUUCAGGCCCGAUGGCAUGACCCACCUCAGCACCCGAGUUGCCGGGACUAUGGGAUAUGUUGCUCCGGAAUACGCUUUAUACGGUCAGCUGACCGAAAAAAGCGAUGUUUAUAGCUUUGGGGUUGUGCUACUCGAGCUUUUGAGUGGGAAAAAGGCGAUUUUGUCGGGUAAAAACGGGCAGCUGUCUCUGGUGGGUGAUUGGGCUUGGGCUUUGGUUCGGAAAGGACGGGCUUUUGAUGUGGUUGAGAAGGGAAUGUUGGAUUUGGGCCUGAGGGAAGUGGUGGAAAGGUUUGUUGUUGUGGGCGUUUUGUGUUCGCAUCCUCAGGUGUAUGCUCGGCCCACUAUGGAUCGGGUUGUGAAGAUGCUUGAAAUGGAUGUGAUUUUUCCGGGAAUACCCGAGAGGCCCAUUUCGUUAAUUGCGAAUUUGGGUGAUAUAGAGAGGUCGGUUAUUUGUGGCGGGUAUCAGGCGUAUAUUUUCGAGGGAGAAGAAGAUGAAGGAGAUGGGUAG